CCUUCGCCGGCGGGACAACAUUGUAUUUGCGGUGGUGACUUGGCGCAGUGUGUAACUCGCUCCGGCUAGCGAAACGCCGUUCUGUGCAAAUCUCCAGACUGUUCCGUUUUGGCUGUGAAUAGCGUUAACCGAAAGAGUUUGCUUUGCUGCUUGUGGUGUGUUUGGAAGCGUCAGAUCGAUACUGGUGGCGUUCAGUUUAGAAUAUUAUCGCUCUGGAUAGAACCUUCCAAUCUAGAGGUGUUAUAACAGAGGAUCAAUAUUGGGCAACAGUGUAGCCCUGUUUGUGUUGUGAUUGUGAAAACAGCUCAACUCAACAAGCAACCGUCGCUCAAACAGUCCCAGUCUCGAAGGGUUUCUCUCAGCGAUGAAGUCACGCAGCUCCUGCGGUCAUCUGGCGCAGGCAAUGGUGAUGGUGUGGCUGUUGCACGCUUCCACACUGCUGCUAUCAUCCACCAACGGCCAGGAGUACGACAGCAGCUAUGAAGAGCAUCUCAACUUUAGCGAUGUGUUUACGGACAUUGCGGAGGACCUAACGACCGGCUACAGCCAUGGAGGUCCGGAGACCAUCCACACAGCCUUCCGGAGCCACUGUCAGGCCUGCCAGUUCCGGAACGUGUACGCGAUGGCUUCGCUCAAAUCGAUCCAGGCGCACGUACUGAUGAAGCUCGGCAUUGACUCCAUGCCGAACAGGACGCAGUACCCGAAGAUACCGCGCCACAUUUUGGAAAGCUUCACCAGGCAGGAGGGUGUGCCCCUGCACACGCCCAGCAUGGUGCGCGAUACGGACUACAUGGCGGACGAACCGUCCGCCGGGGUGGAGGAGAUUGAGGAGGACUUUGACUACUAUCCGAUCACGAACAAGAUCUACAUUCUGGCGAAACGUGAGUAGUGUGCGAAGUUAACUGAACGCAUCCACUAACGGCUCCUUGUGUCUUUGUUUCUUUCCAAACCGUUGAUUGUUUAAUGUUACAGGAAAAGCAAACCGACCGAAAACACUCGAAUCAUAACAGCGUUUUUAGUUUUUAAGAUUAGCGUUCUAAGCACCUGGGGAUAACAUACAUUUUGAAUAUUAAUUAUUUCUUUUCCAGUUUACCUAACCUUUAUCUUUGACCUUUAUUUCAGAAUUCGUCGAUUAUUUUAAGUCGCUAUGUUCGAUAUAAAUUAUUAACCCAUUUCUUUCCUUUCACUAGGGUUAUCUUACAAUCUUGAAGCUCUUCUCCUUUCCAGGCCACUUCGAUGAAGCUCAGGCUCAGGUGAUUUCACCCGGCUUACCAGCAACAAUCCGGGGCCUUCCUUAUCUCGCAACGCUUUAUCCUCAACCCUCAAGGGUACGAGCAAAAAGGGAUCAUUUAUAAGGAUUUAUCUCAAACGUUCGAGCCACUUUAGGGCCGCCCCAUCCAAUUGGAUAUAUUUUAACAUCCCGUUUAAGCUUGUCCCAAGUGGUUUAAAUUAAUCGACACGCUCUUCAAUGUCGUUGUCGGGGCACUUUCCGUGCUUAAAUGAAAACUGGGCACGAAAGGACACAAAUAAAAGUUCCCUCUUGGAAGGUAAUUAUUCACA